AUGAGUAAGGAAGACAGUGCAAUCCAACAACCCCGAAGCAAAAGGAGAGAGUCGGGAAUACUCUGUGGAUAUGACAGGGCAGUACUCCGUAAACUGGUCGAUGGAACCGUACUGGCAUCACUUCAUUCUGCCAGCUGCGCCUCCAGAGGACCCGUCGAUGGACCAAAAAAAAAAGGGACAACAAUGCCAAGUCAAAAAUGCGACAAGGUCUCAAAUGGCCUAAGCAACCAGAGCUUGAGGAACGAAGUACCGGCCGAGAGACCAAGCUCCGUUCUCCGUCCAUUCCCACCAAUCCACUCAAAUGUGGCGGGUAAGAAACCACACACAGCACCUUGA